AUGGAUACAAAGUCAUCGUGCUGGUUUAUUAUUUAUAUAAUAGGUGUUUUAAAUAUUCUAUCUGAUUCAACUGAGUCACAUAUUCUAUUGAAUAUAAUAAGACAAAAAUAUGCAUCAGCGAAACCAAUCAACAAUUUUUUUCAGUAUGAAUCGACUAUUCCAACAUCUUUAAAAACUAAUACGGCAGGAUUACAUACGAAUAUUAACGUUCAAUUGCUUAUAACAAAAUCAAAUUCUUAUCUAUAUAAUUCCGAUGAAGCUGAUAAUGAUAAUCAGUUAGAUCGAUAUAAACGAGAUGCAACUUCAUUUGUUUGUAAAGAGGAUGGUUAUUAUCCUGACCCAUCAAAUUGUCGAAUAUAUCAUAUAUGUACAUCAGGUAUUGAUACAACUACUACUUGUGCUGAAGGUACAUUAUGGGAUCCAGCAAAGAAAAUUUGUGGUUGGGAAAAUACAAUUGAAUGUAAAAAAGGUAUUCGUAAAUGGGAUCAAAUAACAGAUAUUCGAGUGACUCUAUUUGCUAAUGCUACACGAGUAACAAGAAAAUCAACGACAACACGUUUACCAAUUAAAGUUGAUUCAAAUUUUACUUGUGAAUAUGAUGCUGAUGGAUAUUUUCCUGAUCCAAAAUAUUGUCAUAUUUAUCAUUAUUGUGGUAUUGGUGUACAUACAGUACUACAAUGUUCUGAUAAUCUUUGGUUUUCACCAAUAUCAGAAGAAUGUGAAUGGCCAGAUAAAGCUAAAUGUACAGCAGCUGGUGAUUUCUAUACAUCAUCAUUAAUAUCAACAAAUCUCGAUAAUCAAAGUGAAAGAACUGAUUCUUCUAAACAGAAUACUCCUUAUCCACCCAUUCCGUGUCCAAAAGGGAUUCAAGAACAUUUUCGUGAUCCAUAUGAUUGUUCAACAUUUCAUUAUUGCAAUGGUGGUGUUGAUAAAUCUGGAUUUUGUGAACCAGGUCUUUUCUGGGAUAAAAAACUUGGUUGUCAAUGGCCAAAAGAUGUUUCUAAUUGUGAACAUAAAUGUCCACCAAACGGGCAACCAUUACGUUUUGUAGCUCCUGAUAGUUGUUGUCAUUACUAUGAAUGUGUCAAUGAUCAUCUAAAAGAAAAAGUUUGUCCAUUACAUAAACUUUUCUCAGUUGAAACAAAAAGUUGUGAACAUUUUCAAGUUGUCAAAUGUGGUGCAAGAAAAAAUUGUAUUGAUUCUUGUGAUUAUGAUUAUUCGCCAUUAUGUGAGGCUGUACCUAAUUGUCGAGAUAGACCAAAUGGUAAUUAUGCUGAUCAAUAUCGAUCAAAUUGUCAAUAUCAUUAUACAUGUCUUGAGAGUCGUACAUUUAAUUAUACAUCAUGUCAACUUGGUUUUCGUUUUUCUGUUCAAUAUCAAAAAUGCUUACCUGCUAAACAAGUUAAAUGAGAAGAUAUUGAUGAACGAUUAUAUAAAGUAAAUUUUAAACAAAAUCUUCUAAAAAUUUUUAUUUCUAUUUUAAUAAAAUUAUAA